GGAAAAUUGAAGAAUAUAUAUAUAUAUAUAUAUAUUCUUUCUUUGGUCCUCAGCAUCUUCCAUUAAAACAAGCUUCGCUUUUGUCAACCAUAAAAACCCUACCAAAAGAGAGGAAACUGAAAACCUAGUACUAGUACUACUAGUAUAUAUAAUUGUAUAUAUAUAUAUAUUCAACUCAAGUUCCUCUUUAUCACUGCAAAAAAAAAAAAAAGAAAAAGAAAAAAAGAAACCCAUUAUAUACCUUUGCUCACCAUCCAAAAACGAUCCAGCCAUGGCGGAUUCAGACAGUGAAUCAGGAGGAGCUCAAAACAACGCUUCAAACGCAGCAGGCAACAAUAACCAUCUUUUUUCCCCGAAAGAGCAGGACAGGUUCCUGCCUAUUGCUAACGUUGGCAGGAUCAUGAAAAAGGCUUUGCCUGCUAACGCCAAGAUAUCCAAGGAAGCUAAGGAAACGGUGCAGGAAUGUGUAUCGGAGUUCAUCAGCUUCAUCACCGGAGAAGCGUCUGAUAAGUGUCAAAAGGAGAAGAGGAAGACCAUUAACGGUGAUGAUCUCUUGUGGGCCAUGACCACCUUAGGCUUUGAAGACUACGUUGAGCCCUUGAAGGUUUACUUGCAGCGGUUUAGGGAGAUGGAAGGGGAGAAGACCACGGUUGCACGUGAUAAAGACGCGCCUCUUGUUGCUGCUAGUGGUGGUGGUGGUGGUGGGGUGUAUGGGAUGAUGGUACAUCAGCAUCAAGGACACGUGUAUGGUUCUACUGGGUUUCAUCAGAUGGGUAGUGGGUUGGGUAAAGGUGGGCCUCCGAAUAAUUUGGGUAGGCCGAAGUAGUUUCCCUUCUGUCACUAUCACCGACACGUGUAUGAUUCUUAUGAAUUUGAUAGUAAUUUCGGGUUUCUUAAAUUUGAGCCUACUCGAAAUCGGGUUGGCCCAGUUAGGUCAUCAGAGGGUACACGUGUAAGCUUUAAGAGAAGCUAGUUAUGAUAGGGCCCACUAGUCAUCUCAAUAACACGUGUACGGUGAAAAGAAGGAAGAGGCAGUUUUAGGCCCUUGGAUUUGAGAUCCGCAGCGUAGAGACUUUAGUUGCAGUUUGGUUUCCGGUAAAAGAAUAAAACACUAGGAUUAUAUUUCUGUGAUGAUUUUAUGAUUUUUAUUAUUUAUAAAUUACUUAAUUUGGGUUAAAUAA